AUGUCGGUCCAGACCGUUUCCAUCCAACCCUUUGGCGACCAGAAGCCCGGAACCUCUGGCCUGCGAAAGAAGGUCAAGGUCUUCCAGCAGGAGAACUACACCGAAUCCUUCAUCACCAGCACCCUCCUCUCCAUCCCCGAAGGCGCUCAGGACGCUUUCCUCGUCAUCGGUGGCGACGGUCGCUACUACAACUCUGACGCCAUCCAGAAGAUCGCCAAAAUCGGUGCCGCCUAUGGAGUGAAGAAGCUCAUUGUUGGCCAGAACGGCAUUCUCAGUACCCCAGCUGCUAGCAACUUGAUUCGCAGGAGGAAGGCCACCGGCGGUAUUCUACUGACUGCUAGUCACAACCCUGGCGGUCCCGAAAACGACUUUGGUAUCAAGUACAACCUCACCAAUGGCGCACCCGCCCCCGAACAAGUCACCAACAAGAUCUACGAAGUCUCCAAGUCCCUCACCUCCUACAAAUACAUUGACCUUCCUGAGGUCGACACCACCACGAUUGGCACCCGCAGCUAUGGCCCCCUCGAGGUCGAGAUCGUGCACUCAACCGAAGACUACGUGGACAUGACGAAGGAGAUAUUCGAUUUCGACCUGAUCAGAAGCUUCCUGAAGAAGCACCCUGAUUUCAAGGUCCUUUUCGACGGUAUGCACGGUGUGACUGGCCCGUACGGUGUUGACAUCUUUGUCAACGAGCUCGGCCUCCCCGCCAGCAGCACCAUGAACUGCGUUCCCAAGCCCGACUUUGGCGGCGGCCACCCCGACCCCAACCUCGUUUACGCACACGAGCUCGUCGAGGCCGUCGACAAGAACAACAUCCACUUCGGCGCUGCCAGUGACGGUGAUGGUGACCGCAACAUGAUCUACGGUGCCAACACUUUCGUCUCUCCCGGUGACAGUCUCGCCAUCAUCGCCCACCACGCGAAGCUUAUCCCCUGGUUCAAGAAGCACGGCGUCGACGGUCUUGCCCGGUCCAUGCCCACGUCCGGUGCUGUUGACCUAGUUGCCAAGGCCCAGGGUCUCCAGAGUUACGAAGUACCCACUGGCUGGAAGUUCUUCUGCAACCUCUUCGACAACAAGAAGAUGUCCAUCUGCGGAGAGGAGAGUUUCGGCACAGGUAGCAACCACAUCCGCGAGAAGGACGGUGUUUGGGCUAUCGUUGCCUGGCUAAACAUCAUCGCCGGUGUCGCUGAGCAGAAGCCCAACGAAACACCCAGCAUCGCCUCCAUCCAGCAAGAAUUCUGGCAGAUCUACGGCCGUACCUUCUUCACCCGCUACGACUACGAGAACGUCGACUCCGACGGUGCCAACAAGCUCAUUGGCGCUCUCAGCGAGAAGGCCGUCGACAACAAGGACUCCUUCGUCGGCAGCAUUGUCUCCGGCCGCAAGGUCGUCGACUCAGGGAACUUCGCUUACACUGACCUCGACGGCAGCGUGACCAAGAACCAGGGAUUGUACGUCAAGUUCGACGACGGCAGCCGGCUUGUCGUCCGUCUGUCUGGAACCGGAAGCAGCGGUGCCACUAUCCGUCUAUAUAUCGAGAAGUAUGAGAAGGACGCCAGCAAGGGCCAGCUGCCCACGCAGGAGUAUCUCAAGGAUAAUGUCGCCUUGGCACUCGGUCUGCUCAAGUUCAAGGACUUUGUUGGCCGUGAGGAGCCUGAUGUUAAGACUUAG